AUGCCAGUCAAUCAAAACGCAGCCAACAGUGACGAUCCCAUUUUCAUUAUUGACGCCGACUGCUGCAUUGUAGACACACACACCGCUCUCAUCAACUGUCUCGGCGCCGUUUCUAACAUCGACGGCAGCCGCAUAUAUUCGCCGUGGAAGGACGCGGAACAGGAGGAACCACGGGUCGGUUCGAACGGCGGACCGGAGCGCCAGGAACACCUCGACGCAAAUAAGGGUGUAAUUGGAAACGGUGCGAUCACGCCAGCUGAGCCGGUUACGGCCGCUAAAGCGCCUCAGGAGGAAACUGUGCAUAGCCUGCCCGCGGGUGGAGCGAAGCAGCUCGCAUCGCGCAAGGAGCUCGCUCCCAAAGGAGUAGAGCGCGGCGUUUGCGCUAGUUGCAACAACGGUCCACACCAGUCUGAUACGUGCCUAGUGGCACCAGCAUCUGAGGCUGCAAAAGGCGCCAAGGUGAUUAGCACUGAACAUCAAGGAAGGUUAAGAGAGCUCAUUCGCCGGAUCCGUGACGACAGCGGUGUCCCCAACGAGGUUGUGGAGGACGCCGUUAGGACGGCCGGCUGCCUGCUCGAAGAGGCCAGGAGGGUAAAAAACGAGCGGUUCGAAUCUAUAGAUUCGGCAUUCGGAGACGCUUCCGUCGCGGUGGUGCUCAGUGACCAGCAGCACUUGCUGCACGAGUCGCUACCAUACCGAAACUGUGUCCACGUCACGCCGUUCCAGCAGUUCGUGGAGGACAUAGCACUCUCCAGCUACCAAUCAAGGGGGGAGCUGGGUGUUUUACAGAAUUUGGAAGUUGUAUUGGACAGGUUGUGCAGUGAAGCUGCCAACCUGAAGGCCUCGAGCGGGAGGGUCAUAUUCGUAUCCCAUCUCCCGGGGGCGGUUGAUCGUCUACUCAAACUAGUUGACGUGAAGGUUGGGCAGCGUGACGUAAAAAUAGAGGUUGCCCUACGAGAAAACGUAGUGAGCCGUUGCGCAAAUUGGUCUCGGGACGUGAGGUGCGUGUUGUACCCCAAAGAGAGCGUUGCGGUACAAGCUGUGGCCGCGGAACUCAGCAAAGCGCGAAAAGAGGGCGUUGCAGUUGUCCCCAAAGCCGCACUGUCAGCACCGAAAGCAACAGGGGCGCCGGCAGGGGUCACCAGCGACAAGGUCGACCUACGCUGCGAACCAGACCUGGCUAGCAUAAGGGGUCUGGGAGCAAUAUACGUAAAACUAAACAAGCCUUUGUAUAUACAAGGCACGGUCGUUAAAGGGUUCGGCAGAGGCGCUGCAUUCCUCGGCAUACCCACGGCUAAUCUGGACUGCGGUAACAUACCACAUCUCGUUCCGGGCGUGUAUUUCGGAACUUGUUGGCUAUUUGGGAAUUCGGAGGUUGGGGAAGACAAACCGCUGGCUGCGAUACUCUCCGUCGGGUUCAACCCCCAGUUCGACGACGCCAGUUACUCCGUGGAGCCGUACAUAUACCACGAGUUCAAGUUCUCGCUUCUAGGACAGCGCAUCAAACUCGCCAUCGAGGGGUUCCAACGGACAGAAGCAAAAUUCGAGUCAGUGGAGGGGCUAGUGGCGGCGAUACAGACGGACCUCGCAGAGCAUAAGAUCGUGCAACGCUGCCAAGAUGGGUGUCAUUGA